AUGCUAUGUCCAGAAUACUGUUGAAUAACAACUUCAAACUGCUCAAGGUGCGCACUCUGGGCCAAGAAUCAGUAGUGGACCGAAUGUGUUACGAUGAGCUCCACUCCAACAUCGAAGUGGCAGACUUUAAAAAAAAAAUCGUCUCUGCCAUACUAGCAAAUGAACUAUACAAGUCACACAAUUCAGGGCUGCUCAUACCCACAAGUUCUCGUUUUUAUAGUAAUGGACGAUCAAUGAGCGAAAAACCGGACUUUGCAGACGUGCACCAACAUCUGGAACUCAAACUGCGGAUCAAGGAGUUCGAGUGCGAAGAAAGACAUCUCAAAAUGGGCGCGAUCAGAUUCAAGCUGCUCAACGUGAUACCGUACCAAAUUAUGGUUUUUAUCGAGAUCGAACCGGGAACGGUCUUGCUAAUGGCCAGAAUGCUGCCAAAACUGUACCAGGUAGCAACAGACUUCCUGGUGAACGACAUUGGAUCCCUGAUCAGUCCUCUAGAACUCAGUGACGAUUUUCUCAAAAAUACACUAAAUUCCACAAUCGAAGAGCUAGGCUCGUCAUUGGUCGGCGAGCUCGAGCUUGCGUUCGCAAACAUCAAAACAACUAAUAAUGCGCUCAAUCAAAUUAUCAUCAACGUUCCGGCAAUCGAUGUCGACAAGUUUCCAAAAACAGACUUCACCACGUCUCUGUUCAAGUACCUCCGCAAAAGCACUGCCCUAGACUUCGAACAGCUCCGACUCACAAAGAUCCGAUGCAAUCUCUAUUUAUUUCUGUCCGAAGGGCGUCUUCGGUUCACCAACGAGCUUUCGUUUGCUCCGUUUUUCGAUGAGUCCGAUCCACGGCCCUCGCUGUGGCCAUUUGUGCUGUCGAUAUGCGACCUAUGUAUCUCCAAAUAAAUUAUGUUGUUUGGUUCAACUUAUCGAAAUCAAAGUCGAAACUGGACCCGCAUCCGCAACUCGUCUUGGUGUACGGGCUGUCGACGACUUUGAAUUGCGAGCCAAUCAGCUCAUGCACAUAAUCGAUUUUCGAAUCUCGUAAAAUCUCCAGACUUGUUUUGUCAAUUAAAACUCGGGCCCCGUCUCGCACGAAAACGGAAUCGUCUUCGGGAUGGAAAUCAUCCAUGUCCGAUAAUUUGAGAUGAUACUGGAAUCCGUGGCAGCCGCCACUUUCCACUUGAACUCGUAAUGCAAGCUUAUCGUUUUGUUCUUCGUUGGCGAUCUCGUUGAGCUUCUCGGCCGCUGAUCGAGUGAUGGCGACGAACAAGGGCAUAUUGUUAUGGUCGGAAAACUGCUGGUUCUGGACCUUUGUUUUUGUAAAGUCCACUAAGGGAGACGAGUAGUGGCGGAACGCCAGAGUUGGUCGACUGACAAGAGGCAUGGUCCUCAGGCUGGAACGAAUCAAGCGUC